AUGACACGAAACUACAGCGCCGUUCGCAACAUUCUCCUCGUUCUCGUCGCUGGCAGCGCAGUGCUCAUACUGGGUGAUAUCCAGCUGCUAUGGCGGUACCACGCUUCCUGGCAGCCAGCGGCGACACAGGGGGACAAGGCAAGCGUUCACUCCACGGCAAACAAGCGCACGCAUCCCAUUGGCAAACUCAUGAGUGUUGCCGAGGUCACGUUUCAGGAGAUGAUAUCGAGACAGUCACUAAGCGUAAGCGCAGCGGCGGAGGAUUAUCGCGCUCGGCGAGGGCGUCAUCCACCGCCUGGGUUUGAUGCGUGGUAUGCGUAUGCGGAAGAGCACAAUGCGGUUAUUGUAGAGGAGCUGUUUGAUCAGAUUUAUCGUGAUCUCACCCCUUUUUGGGGUGUGGCGCCCAAGAUGAUGAGGGACUUUGCGAGGCACUUUGAGCAUCAUAUCUAUGUUCGAAAUGGCACCGUCGACAUGACCAGGAACCACGGCGGGGGAACACCGACGGACCGUAUGGAAGCCUGGUUGGACCUGGUUCGGAGUGUGGGGCCGUUCUUGCCCGACUUGGAUCUGGCCAUCAAUCUCAUGGAUGAGAGUCGAGUGAUUGUGCCAUGGGAGUCUAUUGACAAGUACGUCGGGCUAGAAGCGCAGACGAGAGGCUUACUACCGCUGAAUAAAGUGACCUCGCAGUAUCAGAGUUACUUUGCAUUCGACAACAGUACUGAAGAGCCACCCCGGACAACAUGGAUAGGCCCAGGUGAGGAAGCCUUCUGGGAUACCGCGCGUGUUGGAUGCACUCCCCAAGCCGCAGCACGCUUCAAAGAAGCCGCAACCAACUUUGCUGGACCUCCGCCCUAUCCGUCGGGGUAUCCAAUGCAUUCUCUUGACGGCUAUGUUAGAAACUGGACCCAAGCACGAGAUCCUUGCCAGCAACCGCAUUUGCAAGAAGCCCAUGGAACAUUUAUUGAGCCCAUAUCAGUGUCUACGACUCACCAACUUGUACCCAUCUUUGGUGAGUCCAAGCUUUCGAUGAACAACGACAUUCUCAUCCCACCUGCGGCAUAUCUUUCUGAAUCCUUCUCUGGUGGAUUGUACUCGGAUGCCAAUGCCCAAGGAGCAAACUGGGACGAAAAAACGUCUGGUGUAGUAUGGCGGGGUGUUGCGAGUGGUGGCCGGAACCGUGAGGAGACCUGGACACGAUUCCAUCGCCAUCGGUUCGUAUCCAUGUUGAAUGGAUCCUAUAUGCGAGAGAUCGAGAUGAGCCCGACUGCUGUUGGUGAGGGAAAAGCGUUCAUCAUGCAGUCGUACGCAAGAUACCACAUUGGAGCACUCAAUCUUGGGGCUUGGCUUCAAGACAUUGCGGACGUUGGCUUCACGGACCUCCUCUGUUGGCCUGGAACAGGCCAGCCGACUUGCAACUACACCGAUCCCUAUUUCUCGAUUGCCAAGAAAAUCCCCAUGGCUGAGCAGUACAAGUACAAGAUCCUGCCAGAUAUUGAUGGCAACUCGUACUCUGGACGCUAUCUUGCCUUUCUGCGGUCGACAUCUCUUCCACUCAAGGCCACGAUUUAUUCCGAGUGGCACGAUGACCGGCUGAUUCCAUGGCUACAUUUUGUGCCCAUGGACAACAUGUUUGUCGAUGUCUAUGGUAUUUUGGAAUAUUUUUUGGGUACGAAGAAGUCAAAGGUCAAUGAGAAUGAGAAGACAACGAUGAAGAGCCGUGAUAAUGCCGCGGAGAAGAUUGCGUUGCGAGGCAAGGAAUGGGCUGAGAAGGUGCUGCGGAAAGAAGAUAUGCAGAUCUACAUGCUCCGGCUACUACUCGAGUAUGCCAGACUUUGUGACGACAACCGGGAUAGCCUGGGUUUUGUGGGCGAUCCGGAAUAG